AUGGCGGCCUCGGGGAUCUCGACGCUGAGCCUCUUUCUGCUCAUGCAGGGCUCAGUGGAUGGGAAUGGAAUCCAGGGAUUCUUCUAUCCAUGGACUUGUGAAGGUGAUAUGUGGGACCGGGAAAGCUGUGGGGGCCAGGCGGCCGUGGAGAACCCCAACCUCUGCCUGCGUCUCCGCUGCUGCUACCGAGACGCCCUCUGUACAGAGACGAUGCGUAGGAAACACAUGUGGACACUGGGCUGGACGUGCGGUGGACUUCUCCUCCUCAUCUUUACCAUCUGCCUGUGCUGGUGGGCCAAGCACCGGAACCUGCUGCACCUGCCCAGAUUCAUGAAGAAUCAGUGCGCCUGGCCCAAGUCCAGGUCCAGGUCCAUGAAGUCCAAGGACAAGGUCCCCUUGGUCAAGGAUAAGCCUGCCUCAACCACCAGCAUGCCCAUGUCCCAGCAGCAGGAGACAGUCGGCACCGAGGGGGAGGGCGAGAUGGAAGGGGGGGAGACGGAGGAGGGGGCUGAGGAUGACUAG